CGUCUUUUUCCCGGAGUCCCUCCUGACGCGCACUCAGUCUGCCCAGCAUGUAGUGUCAGCGGGACUUAUUUAAUUAAGACUUUAUAGCAAGCCUAGGAGCAGAUAGAAGGAAGGCAGAGAGGAUUCCUGCGGGUCAUGUGAGAAAAAAACAGCCACCAUCCCAGUUUCCUCCUCCAGUGUUUUUGCGCGCAGCGGACCGCGGAGAGAUGGGAGCGGUGCGCCCGGAGCGGAGCGCUCUGCCGCUGCUCUGCCUCCUCCUCCUCCUUCUCCUUGGCUUCUCCGUGUCCACCUCCGCGGCCUGGGACCUGGUUCUGCUCCACACCAACGAUGUACACGCCCGGGUGGAGGAGACCAGCAAGCUCUCCGGGAAAUGUGGCCGCAGCGAGUGUUUCGCCGGGGUGGCCCGGAGAGCCACGGUGAUCAAGGGGAUCCGCAGCAGCGAGAGCAACGUGCUGCUGCUGGACGCUGGAGACCAGUUCCAGGGGACCGUCUGGUUCAACUACUACAAGGGAGCCGAGGCUGCUCACUUCAUGAACAAACUGCGUUAUGAUGCCAUGGCUUUUGGAAAUCAUGAGUUUGACAAUGGAGUGGAAGGACUCAUGAAACCGUUCAUGGAGCAGAUCAAGUGUCCAGUUCUCAGCGCCAACAUCAAACCAGACAAAACUUUGGCCCCGACGUUCGGCAACUCUUAUUUACCCUAUAAGAUCCUUAAUGUUGGUGGUGAGAUGGUGGGCGUGGUGGGAUAUACAUCGCGGGAAACUCCUGAUCUGUCCAAACCUGGACCACACCUGACGUUCGAGGACGAGGUGAUGGCCCUGCAGCUGCAGGUGGACAAACUGCAGACGCUGGGAGUCAAUAAGAUCAUCGCUCUGGGUCACUCAGGCUUCACUGUGGAUCAGGAGAUCGCCAAGAAGGUCCGAGGAGUCGACGUCGUCAUCGGUGGACACAGCAACACUUUCCUCUAUACAGUGGUCACUGAGCAGGCAGAGAGGAAGAGAGUUGUUCGUCUGGACUUCAGGACACAGAAACUCCAGGAAAAGAGAGCGGUGACGCUGAACCUCACCACAGUGUUACCAGAUUUUACAAUUCUCCACUGCGCUUAA